AUGGCCGAAUCAGUGCUCGUAGCCAGCACAGCACACAAAUUAGAGCAAUUCCUGCUGCUGUCCAAGUCAGCCAAAGGAGCCGGAUGUGCUAAAUUGAUCAAUGAUGCUCUUGCAGCUCCUGGAGUUUAUGUCUUUGGUGAAUUGCUAGAAAUGCAGAAUGUUAAAGAGUUGAGCGCUCUACCUGAUUUCGAGCCACAUUAUCGAUUAUUGUCCAUCUUUGCGUACGGAACAUAUCAAGACUACAAAGAGAACGCUGCAACACUACCACCAUUGACUCCUACACAAGUGAAGAAGCUCAAGCACCUAUCACUCGUCACAUUGUCUGAACGCACUCGAUCAUUGAACUACUCAUCCCUCCAAACAUACCUCGACAUGCCCAACGUCCGAGAACUAGAAGACCUCAUCAUCGACGCAAUCUACAACGACGUCAUAAAAGGAAAACUCGAUCAAAAAAAGGAAGCCCUCGAAGUCGAAUACGCCAUGGGUCGUGACCUCCGUCCAAACCAAUCGACACUCUUACUCUCGGUGCUCUCAAACUGGAUUGCGACAUCAGAAGGUCUGCUUACAGCACUAGACAACAAGAUGAAUAGCAUAAAUAAGGAAGGACGAGAGUAUAUGAAUGAACGAGAAGAGUGGGACAAGAAGGUGGAUGUUAUGAAGAGUGAGUUGAAGGCUGCUGGACCGCCCAAGAGGGGAGAUGAGUUUGAUGGAUUCAAGUUUGAUGGUGGUGUGGAUCGUGAUCGAGGCAGGGGAGGAGAUUAUGGGGGGAUGGAUUUCAUGCCUGAGGAGAGUGGGAGGAGGGCAACUGGCAAGAGGUAUGUGUGA